AUGGCAGUACCGUACCUGGUCCUAAGGUUUGACCUGAAGGUUUCGCUGGCGAAGGAGUUGCCUUAUGAUUCAUAUGCAUCCUGUUACGGUUUCCUGUGGGAUUCGAGCUUCUGGAAACAGCGUUUCGUAAGUGCUGGCAGGCUACCAGUGUAUUUGCCGGACAGCGCCUUGAGGUGUGGGCCACGUACGGCAGCGAGAAGCAGGCUCCUUGGGCACUUCAUCCAGAAAACGCCAGAACCUUGUUCAUGUCGCUGUUCCAUGGACACAGCGGGGCUGGUGGAUGCAUCAGCAGCAGUCGCAAAUGAAGAUCAGGCUCAUGCCCUCAAAGAGCUCGGAGCGGGUGUAAGGUUUGGAGCUGAAGCAGACCCUGGUCUUCCAGAAAAUAUCAGUUCAUUCUCGUUGGACGGGUUUUCCGAAGACUCUUCGACGGUUGGUAGCCUGUCUUUACCCUCUUCAACGUUAGGAAUUUUUGAUCGAAGCAACGCCGGGAAGGUGUCUGUGGGGGACAGAGGCCAAGCGGUGGUCGACAGCGAUUGCUGGCAGUUUGCGCAGAGCUUGGCAGCGGCCAAUGGAUGGCUGCCACAUGGUUCGCAUACAGUGGUAGAAGUGGUGCAGGCUGCCGUCAGCGCAGAGAGCGAGAGCAAGAAAGCUGGGGUUGGCGUGAAGCAUGACAAAGCUGAAAUGAGUGUCAGGAUGGAGCAAGAGCAAGCAGACCAGAUGUCGAGCAGGGCCCCUCGUAGCUGGGGUGUCGGGGCUAGUGCGGGGGGUGGCUUGGAGUCUUUGGAGGGGUCUGUUUCUGCGAGCAAGCAGGAGUUGCUUGAGCAAGCACCUGAGGGUGCCAUCCCCUCUGACUGGAUUGAGCAGCUCAGAGACAGCAAGUUCGAUGAUACGCCCAACGGCCAUGGGCCUUCAGCGCUUCAGAACGCCCACGACGGGAAGCUCCCCACCAGGCGUCCGGAGCUGAGCAUCAACGUGAGCGGCCUGUCCGAAAUGGACGCGGAGAGGGCCCUGGAGGACGGGAGCCAGGCAUCGCCCCACGGGACCCCUAGCGAGGUGGUCAAGACGCGGGUUCGGCUGGUUAAGAAGGAGGUUAGCGAGCCAUCAGCUGCGGCAGCCCCCCUGCUCGAUGGCACCAAGCGCAAGAAGAAGCGUGUGGAGUGGCCGGCACCCGAUGUGGCGGGAAAGAAGCGGCGCCUGUCGGAUGGGGGUGGUUCAGGAGGUUCCGAGGAGGGUCUGGGGGCGAGCAAGAAGGUGGUGAGCCUGGACCGCUACAAGGCCUUCACGAAAGCCCCGAACAUGCUCAUGGCGAAGCUGGUGGACGAGAAGGCCCUGCUGGAGGGGACGUACGUGCAGUACCGCGGCAAGCAGGACGAGGUGCUCAAGGAGGGGCAUGCAUUCAAGAACGGGAUCCUGUGCCGAUGCUGCAAUGUGCUCAAGUCCCUGAGCGAGUUUGAGCGCCACGCGGGCAGCAGCAUCCAUCGCCCGAGCGACCGCCUCUUUCUUGAAAAUGGCAUGAGCCUCAAGGAGCUGCUGAACAGCAGCAAGGCGCCCGCAGUAGAAUCGGGUCAUGCUGUGUCAAAGGCCCUUGCCUCGCCUGAGUCGCAGCUUCCAGAGGGCUACGAAGACGGGAAUGAUGACCUGUGCAGAGUUUGCGGGGACGGGGGCGAGCUUAUUUGUUGCGACGCGUGUCCUGCCACCUUCCACCUCAGCUGCAUGAGCUUGGAGGACCUUCCAGACGGCAACUGGUACUGCCCCUCGUGCCGCUGCAGCCACUGUGGUGCGAGCGACUUCACCCCAGACGGCUUUGACAGCCGCACCGUCCUGCUGUGUGACCAGUGCGAGAGAGAGUUCCACGUCGACUGCCUCCACAAGAUGGGACAUCCCCAACUGGAUUCCCCCCCAGAGGGCGACUGGUUCUGCAGUAGCAGCUGCGAAGCAAUCGCCGUCAUGCUGAAAGCCAUUCUGGGACGGAAUAUGCCGCUGGGGGGGGGUUACGCGUGGACAAUCCUCAAGGAUGAUGGGGAGGGGGUUGCCAACCAGGGUUUAUUGGGGGGGGAGGAAAAAGGGCUGAGCGAGACGGAGAGGGCCAAGAAGGGGGGGGGCAAGAAGGACGACGAGAAGCGCCAGCUGGCGUUGAAAAGCAAGGGCAAGGCAGCGGAGCUUGAGAAGGGGUACAGGAUUGGAGCCAAGCGCGAGAAGCUCCAGGCUCCGACCGACCCGUCUCCGAGACCACCCUCCGCCAACCAGUUCCUUCCUCACCAGCCCCAGAGCCUGAGCAACGGCGUCAAGAAGUUGAGCACUCGACCUUCCGGGAUAAAUUCCGAGAUCAGCGGCCAGGAUGGCGCUAUCGGGCCGGAGGGGCAGCCCAAGAGGGGCCGGGGGCGACCCCCCCGAAAGGCUAACGGGUUCGACCAUGGUGCGGCAAUUGGUCUUGAGAGGGGCCCGAGUGCGGAUAUAAUUGCGGGAGGAACCGGGUUAACCAGCCCCGUGUCAGAGCUAACCACUCCCGGGUCGACUCUGACCACCCCAGGUUCCACGCUAACCACCCCCGGGGCAGAACUGCCCACCCCAGGUGGGGGGGACCGGAUGGCGGUGCUUUCGAACGGGGAGCCUGUGUCGCUGACUAGGAAUGGGAAGCGGCGUGGUCGGCCUCCGAGUGCCUCCGGGGGGUCCCCCCAGAGCCCAAGCCGGGCGAGAAGCCGCAUCCGGAAGCGGAAGUCGAAGCAUCCCAACCAGUGGACCAGCGGGCGCCACUCAGACCAGCACACCCAGCCGAGCAGCGGUGUGAAUGCCCACCCAGGCGUGACUGUGCAUCCGCAUGAGAAUGGGCACUCCAUGGAGGACAAGCAUCCUGGCACGGAGGGGCAUUCGAAGAUGGAAAGACACGUGGGUGUGAAUGGGCACUCUGGUGAGAGGAAAGGCUAUUUGCCGGCGGAGACGUUUCUGCAGGGUGCACCGCUGGUGCCGUUCAGCAAGCUCACGCAGCUGCCCGGGCCGCCAGGUGGCGCGUUGCCGGAGCACAAGCCGAGCACAGACCCCUCUCUGCUGGCGGGGAUAACCAUCAAGCUGCGCGGGGAUAGCCCCGAUGGAGCCCACCGGCCAAACGGGAUCCUGCUCGACAUCAAGCCGGCCGCAGAACCGGGUCUCGGGCAUGGGGCGACAGAGCCCGGUGCAGGAGCCGUUUUCAGAACGAGCAUCAAGCUGGAGGGCCCUCCAGGAGCGGCGCUCGGGUGUGUGGAUGGGCACUCAGGGGGCCAUGUUGUCUUCUGCUCUUCCAUAGGGGCGGACGGAGUUGAGCGGGGAGCUUACUGUGGCGAGCCGUGCGGCGGGUGUGUCGGUGAGGGCGAGAGAUGUGUCGGUGCGCUGAAGGGGGGACUUGCGCGGUGCGCGAAGCCAGGAGGAGAGCCCGUGACGGCAGUCGAUAUGGAAACGACAGGGGGAAAUUGCGCUGGAAAAGAUGAGAAGCAGUUCAAGGACGAGGCUGCAGCGGGUGGUGCAUUGUUCGAGGCAAAGGAAGAAGCAAACGGGUCGGAGAACGAGGGCGGGCUCUUACUGGAGGCAGGAGGCGUGGAAGAGAUGCGAGGAGAAGGGGCUGUUGCUGCGGAAGCUGACGCUGUUAUGGGGAGGCAGGAAGGGAGCGAGACGGAGGUGGGACAAGGAACUGAGGGGUCUGCUGUCGGGAGAAAGGACGGCGAGCCUUGCGAGGCCGUGCCAAUGGCGGAAGACGGCCCAGCCUCAGCAUCUGAUUUGGCCGCAGUUGCGCGCAAGGUCGAAGCAGAAGAGAGCGCUCUUCCUGUUGUCGCCGCAGAAUCCCUCCUCGAACCUAAGGAAGAGGAGGUUGAUACAGUCCGUGUCAAGCAAGAAGACAGCAUGGGGGAGGGGGAAGAGAGGAGUCUUUCUGCUGAGGGCGUUUCUGCUGAGGGCGUGCCUGCGACCGCCCCCGAAGAGACGGACCCCGUGAAAGUGCUCUCGCGGUCGGUGUCGGAGAUCCGACGGCUGCGGAGCGUGCACGAGAUCCCGGAGGUGCACGAGGACGAGGGCGAGUUCCAGGACAUGUUCGAACUUCUGGGCCUUGUCAACGAGGCCCAGGAUCUGGAAGCACAGGACCCCGCUGCCGAGGACGCGCCGCCGGCGGCCGAACAAGGCCCUGAGGUGAAGCUCGAGGCAGCGAGGCAGGAGCAGCAGGUGGAACCGUCGCAGGGGGGCAAUGGGCAGGCAGCCCUGCCCCCCCACAUGCGCGCGGAAGCUCCCCCCGGGGAAACAGGAGGGACGUUUAGCCUGGGGAUGCGGAGGACACCCACGUGGGCCCAGGACCUGACGCUUCUGGACGGGACAUACGCGCCGGGGGGGGAGAACGGCAGCGCGCUGGCCCCCCCGUCGGAGGAGCACCGGGCGCAGGGGGGUGCGGCGAUGCCUGGCUCGCUGAAUCGGGCCCACCCCCUGCAGAGCCUGGUUCUAGCGAAGGGCGGGGCGAGGGCGGCCGGCGGCUUGGCGGCGGGGAUGAGGUCAGCGGGCGUCAGCAACGGUGUAAAUAGGCAGGGGUCGAUGCGCACGGCGGCGGCGAGGCGGAAGAAGCUGGGGGAGGCGCUGGCGGUGAUGCAGGAGUGCUUCCAUCCGAUCCAGGAUAACCGCACCAAGGAGGACCUGAUCCCGCAGAUGAUGUACAGUAAAAGGACUGCGUACCACGACUUUGGCGGGUUCUAUACGCUCAUCGUCGAGAAGAGCGACGAGGUGAUCAGCGCCGCUGCCAUCCGCAUCUUCGGCACCAAGGUCGCGGAGCUGCCACUUGUCGCCACCAAAUUCAGCUACCGCAGACAAGGCAUGUGCCGGCUGCUGCUGACGACCCUCGAACAGAUCCUGUUCCGGCUGGGCGUAGAGAAGCUGGUGCUGCCCGCCGUCCCCGACGUGCACGCCACGUGGAAGGGCGCGUUCGGCUUCCAAGACUGCUCCUCCGAGUCCCGCAAGGCGCUCUCCGAGCUAGAAAUCAUGGUCUUUCCCGGAACGUGCCUGCUCCAGAAGUCGGUCGCCGACGCAGUCUCCAACCACAAGCAGACGGCAAUUUCCGCGCUCGUCGGCGCGACGCUACAGAGCGUCGUGCACGAUUCCGGGGGCGCGGAGAAGCCGAACGACGGCGUCGCGUUACCGUACUCGACGCGGUGGGAGCUGUCGGAGUGGGAGGACCUCGCGCGGGCGGCGCAGCCCCCCCGGAAUGAGGAGGAAGGCGCGCCGGGGGCCGAGGCGAAGCCGGCGGUGCCGACGCUGAAAAGGAAGCGGUCGGGCAUCAGUUCGCCGGUCGCUGGGUCGUCAAAGGGCUUCCGGGGAUUGCUGACGCGGGACGAAAGAGAGGUCGGACAGCAGCGGUUUGUGAGCCCGGGAGGAGCAGCCCCCGGCGUGUAUGAUAGCAAGGAGGCGGGAGUCGCCGUCAGUCGCCCGUUGCCAGCCAGCCAGGCCGUGCUGGGCUCGACGAGUCAGGCCCACCUUCCCCCCGGGCACGAGCGGAACCUCAGCGGAGGCCAGCGGGACUUUGCCGGCUGGGAGGGCGUCGGGGGAGACAUCCCGUCCGAUCUCGGAAUGGACGGCGAGGAUUUCGACCACCUCUUAGCCAACGCCGAGAAGUGGUGGGCGCCCGAGGGGGGGCAGAAACACACCAGCAAGGCGUCCCCCCACGUGCAGCGCCGCGCGCUGACCAGCCCGAAGCCGUCCCCCUUGAAACGGACGAAGAGCGCGAGCCCCUUCCCGGGGGGUGCGCAGCCCGCUCCUGGGGCGGGAGGGGUGCCGAGCGGCACGACGUCCGCACGCAGCAGCUCCAGUCCUCGGGGGAAGAAACCGGGGCGGAAGCCAAAGACCCCAGAAGGGGAUCCCCCGGCGCUGUCGCUUGGGCCGAGCUCCCCGCAGCGGGGGGCGAAGAAGCGGCAGUACCUCCCCCCCCCGGAGCCGGGCUUCCCGGGCCCGGAGGCGGAGGGCAGCUCGCACGGGGGCCGCGCGUUCCCGAGCCCGAAGAAGCGGCUCGCGAGCGGGAACGGGGACUACCCCCCCGGCGUAACGAAGGAGACGGUGCGGAAGGAGGGGCCGCGGACGGGGCCCGAGUGGCUCGAGGCGUUACUGGCGGUCAAGUUCUUCCAGGGGUGUAAGAACCACAAUGGCGAGGCGGGGAAGAGCCUCCCCCGGGAGAAGGAGUGCAACCUGUUCUGCACGGACUGCGCGGGCGGCGCACUGUGCAUGACGUGCGUGGAGGGGCACAAGGAGCACCGCAUGGUGCAGAUCCGACGGUCCUCGUACAACGACUGCGUGCGCAUCACCGACAUCCAACGGCUGUUGGACUUCUGGCAGGUCCAGGUGUACACCAUCAACGGCGCCAAGAUCGUGUUCCUCAAUGAGCGCCCGCACUCCAAUCCUAACCGCGGCAAGACCGCCGCGAAGAGCAACGUCACCGCGUGCGAGAUCUGCUGCCGCAUCCUCGUCGACAACGUGCGCUUCUGCUCAGUCGGCUGCAAGCUGACCUGCAUUAAGCGGGGUGCUGCUGAGGAUGCCGCAUUGACCUUGCAACCUUUACUGAAAUGAUAGGGGCUGAGGGAUAUCAGGUGGAAGGUCAAAAUAGCUUAACAAUAACCGUGUCGGCUUUGGCACGC